GCCAUUCAAUUUGUACACAUGCGCUAUGCAAUUUUAACCACACAUGCCAUCGCCAGUCGAUUCAGUACUACAGUAUACCCGGUUUAUCCUACGAAAAGACGGAACGUAUACACACACAUGUGAACUUCGAAAGGAACCCUUCACACCUCUAAAAUCACCUAGAACUUAGAAGCGUCACCUGCAAAGGUGCAUCGGGCUCGAGAGUAAGAGAAGGUGCUCCGUGGAUUAUGCAUAACAACUGAAAGCGUAGACGGUGGAAACAGGGAGGUUUAAACGGGAGAGCGUUUGAUGAGGGGACUGUUCUUAUCUUUGAAAGAGUUGGGACUUCAUACGGAAAGCGUUGUUUAGAUCUGGAGUUGAAAGAGCAGCCGCUUGCUUCAAAUCCCUUCUGUUGAUUUUUCUGUGUCAACCCUUCUCCUAAUAAAAAUGAGCUGACUAAAGUUUGGACUCAUUGCCAGCAAAAUUGUGCUUCUUGUGGAACAAAACAACAAAAGAACAUUCUGUGGAGGCGGCCCGUAGUUUGGAAUGAAAAUCUUCUCAAGCCAAAGAGGGUCACGACCAGACAUGCCGUUGUCACUCGGCUCGGUUUUUGUACUGUGUUUCAUAGCGAGCGCUGGUGCCCUGUCCUGCGGUGGUCCCUGCGACCCAUCUACAUGCCCGCAAGUUGACUGCCGCGCAGGGAAAGUUUACGGGCCCUGUGCCUGUUGCCUGGUGUGUGCCAAACAGUUGGGUGAAUCAUGCGGUGGUCAGUACGACCUGGCCGGACAGUGUGACCAAGGGCUAAUCUGUUCGGUCAGUUUGGAAUUCGGAGAGGCCGUACCGGAGCAAGCUGUCGGAAUAUGCCAAGAAAUGAAACCAGACCUCCGUACGCAAGAGUACGCCGGGUCCGGUUCGGGGCCCCAACUCCUGGGCACGCCGCAAGGGUGCGAGAAACUCCACUCGGGCUGUAACAUCCGACACGGGCUGUGCGAAUGCGACAGUGAUGUGGCAGGGUGUCUGAGCCCCUUUGAAUUUGAGGACCCAGAGGCAUGCGCUGAAGCCUUAGAGUCUGGACAUGCCAAUGGAGGUAAGUCAAGCAAGUUUUUUUGUGGAAUGUUUUAAGACCAUUCUUUUACAUUUGGUGACAAAUUUGAUCACUGUCAUUUAUCAAAUUGUGGAUGGGCACUUGUCUAAUUUCCAAAGAGUUAAACUAGGGACUCU